UUUGUGUUGGUUACGCUUAGGACGAGUCACUUUUAGUUUAUGUAAACAAUUGAUAAACGUUUCGAGAAUUUAUUUAAUAUAUAUCUAUUCUAUGUUUAGAAAUAUUUAGUUAAUUUUAUAAUAGUUAUUUUCAAAAGUUUAUUGAAAGUCCGGAAAUAUUUCACAUUGUAUCCGUAGUAACUUUUAAGUGUUAUAAUGUCCAGGGGAGAUAGUUUGUAAUUUUUAUUUGCCGGGAGAAAUGUCUUUUGUUGAUAAAGCAAUGAUUAUAGAGUUUUAUCGAAAGCUAAAUAACAAAGACAUGAAACCUUAUUUUCUACUUCAUUAUUCUGCGCUAAAAGUCAUCAGACGCAGCAGAAAAGUCAGUACGACAAAUGUAUUAUCAGUUUGAUAUAGAAAGUCUGGCAGCAGGAAAGACUUAUCUCUUAUUACUUUAUAAAAUUAAUGCAGGUCGGAAACAGAACAUAUUGGAUUAAGGCUAUCUCAAUAUGGCGGAAUAGGACGCCCCAGGUACCACAUCUCUCGUGAACAAUUGGAAUUUUUGGUUGAGAUUGGAUUUUCUAGAAAAUGUAUGGCAAGUCUUCUACGUGUAUCAGUAUCUAGCAUAAAGCGUCGAUUGAGCAUCAAAGAAAGAAACAAAGAAAAGGAAAGGAAAAAAAAGAGUAAAUAUUUAUUAAAAGUGAAAGUUCUGCAUCUGGGAAAAAUUCGAGUUACUUCCCUUUGCCCAGUGAAUUUCAUUGAUAUCUUGCUUUACACCAGAAAUUGAUUUCAAAAUGAAAACAAAUUUGUCGAUUGGUAGUUGGAAUAUUCAGGGCCUGGGAGGUAAAUUAGAAGAUGACUAUUUUUUAUCUAGUCUAAAAUAUGACAUAUAUAUUUUAAUGGAAACUUGGAAGGGCGCUGAUUCUAGUACAAACAUUAUACAUUUUAAUUAUGUUCAGAAAUCUAGAAAAAAGAAAUUAAGAUCCAAAAGAUACAGUGGAGGUAUCGUUGUAUAUUAUAAAUCUACCUUACAUAAAGGUAUAUCAGAAGUUUUAAAUGUAAAAAAAUCUGACAACAGGCUAUGGUUAAAGCUUGAUAAAUUUUUCUUUGGUUUAAAAAAAGAUAUAUAUGUGUGUGCAUGUUAUAUUCCACCAUUGUCAUCUACAUACUUUAAUGAUGACUUUAUAUUACUUGAAAAUGAAAUCUCAAAGCUGUCAUCCAAAGGUAAUAUUCUUAUUAUUGGAGAUCUUAACGCUAGAGUCAGUAAUCAUUUAGAUUUUAUUUCUGAUGAAAAUAAUAUUCAUGAUGAUCUUUUAAAUUUAUUGCCAGAUGACUAUCUGGGUGAUUCACAUAUAUAUAGAAAUUCUUUAGACAAAGUAUUAAAUUCUCAUGGAAAACAACUAAUUGAUCUAUGUAUUGCCUCCAGGCUCAGAAUACUUAAUGGUAGAUUUGCAGGUGACCUUUUCGGUAAUGUAACAUGUUAUAAGCAUAAUGGUUCCAGCACUGUUGAUUAUGCCUUGUCUGACAUGGAUUUGAUGUCCUCUAUCGAAUAUUUUUAUAUUGGCGAACUAACAUAUUUGUCAGAUCAUGUCACUAUAUCUGUAAUACUUAAAUGUAAUAUAUGUCAUACAGAACGUAAAAGUCAUAAAAACUUUACUCAGAUAGGAGUGAAAUAUAGAUGGGAGAAUACAUCAAGAGACAAAAUGAUUGAAGUACUAGGGGAAAAUUUUAUUAUACAACAAAUUAGAGAUUUUGAAGACUCAUAGUUUGAACAAACUUUUUCAGGAAUUGACAAGGCUAAUAUAAAAAAUAUUUUUGAGAGCCUAGCAAAUAAAGCCUGUAAAAUUAUAAGAUAUAAAAAAUUUAAACAAAAAAUACUAAACAGAAAACCAUGGGUAGACCAUGAAGUACGUGAUCUUAAAAAAACUAUCAAAGCAAAAGGAGCUAAACUCAGACGAGAACCAUUUAAUUUAGAGCUUAAAUGUAAUUUUUUUACACAUGCUAAAAAACUUAAAAAAUUAGUAAAGAGAAAGAAAAUUAUAUUUAAAAAGAACUUAUUUGAAACAUUAACAAAUUUGUAAGAAAAGGACCCCAAAAAAUAUUGGGAACUCCUUAAAAAAUUAAAAAAUGAAGACACUAAACAGGAUGCUUGUUCAAAUAUUAACUUAAAUAACUAUGAAGAACAUUUUCAAAAUCUUGGUAAAGCUGAAACAUAUGAUAACUCUUUUAAAGAAAAAGUAAAAAAAGAUUUAAAUAUGCUUGAGAGUACUUUAGAACAUAAUAUUUGUACUGAUAGUCCAAUUUCAAUAUCAGAAGUAAAGAACUGUAUAAAAGAAUUGAAAUCAGGGAAAAGCGCUGGACCUGACUUAAUAUCUAAUGAAAUAAUAAAAUGUAGUAGCAUUGUAACAGUUACAGCCAUAGUUAAACUUUUUAAUCUUAUUUUAUCAUCUGGUAUUUACCCCACCAGCUGGAGAAAAGCUUUUAUUGUUUUAAUCCAUAAGUCUGGAGAUAAAGAAGACAUAUGUAACUAUAGAGGUUUUAAACUGUCUAGCAAAAUUAUAUAGCUCUAUUUUAAAUAAAAGACUAAUAAAGCAUUAUGAAAAUAAGUUCUCCAGUCAUCAAUUUGGAUUCCGUUCAAACCAUAAAACGUCUGAUAGCAUAUUUAUUUUAAAAACUCUUGUCACCAAAUACUUGAAAAAAAAUAAGACAAAGCUGUUUGCUUGUUUUGUAGAUUUGCGUGGUGCUUUUGACUCUGUUUGGCAUAAUGGCCUGUUGUAUAAAUUGAUAAAUGAUGGUGUUGGUGUGAAAUUUUAUACUACUUUGAAAAAUAUGUAUAGCUUAUCCCAGUCUGCACUGAAGAUUGGUAAUGAACACUCUUU